AUGGGCGUGUUGCUGGCUGCCCCUCUCUGUCCUUCGGGCCUGUUCGGCGAUGUCGUAGAUUUGGUAGUUGACAGGUUCCAGGAGUCAAAGAGACAAUUUACGGCGUUCCAAUGGUAUCUCCCACGCCGCGCUCAUGGGGCUGCUCGGCGGGCGCAGCCCCAAGCCCAACCCUGCACUUCAUACCGCCAAGUAAAAAGACAGAGCAUCGCGAAGUGCUCUCCCCCUGUGCGGGAUUCUGCUCGCCACACUGGGUCAAAGCCCUCCCUAUCAGGACUUCAGGGUUUGUUAACCCUGCCACAAAAUGUGCUUCAGAGCACGACCUGCUCCACCGAGCUCCCUCCUUUGGUUCCGCCCAGAAUCAUUGCAGACCAGGAGGUCUCAUUUCCAGAGCCGAGUUUCGGCACUGCCCCGGCUCUGGACACACCGGAGGUCAGUCUCGAGAGAACCUGCUCAUCUAGCUUAAAUAGCUCAUCCAGCUCCUCCAUCUCAUCCAGCUCCUCCAUCUCAUCCAGCUCCUUCAUCUCAAACAGCUCAUCCAGCUUAACUAGCUCAUCCAGCUCCUCCAUCUCAUUCAGCUCCUUCAUCUCAAACAGCUCAUCCAUCUUAACUAGCUCAUCCAGCUCCUCCAUCUCAAACAGCUCAUCCAUCUUAACUAGCUCAUCCAGCUCCUCCAUCUCAUCCAGCUCCUUCAUCUCAAACAGCUCAUCCAUCUUAACUAGCUCAUCCAGCUCCCCCAUCUCAUCCAGCUCCUUCAUCUCAAACAGCUCAUCCAUCUUAACUAGCUCAUCCAGCUCCUCCAUCUCAAACAGCUCAUUCAUCUUAACUAGCUCAUCCAGCUCCUCCAUCUCAUUCAGCUCCUUCAUCUCAAACAGCUCAUCCAGCUCAACUACCUCAUCCAGCUCCUCCAUCUCAUCCAGCUCCUUCAUCUUAAACAGCUCAUCCAUCUUAACUAGCUCAUCCAGCUCCUCCAUCUAAUCCAGCUCCUUCAUCUCAAACAGCUCAUCCAGCUCAACUAGCUCAUCCAGCUCCUCCAUCUCAUCCAGCUCCUUCAUCAUAAACAGCUCAUCCAUCUUAACUAGCUCAUCCAGCUCCUCCAUCUCAUUCAGCUCCUUCAUCUCAAACAGCUUAUCCAUCUUAACUAGUUCAUCCAGCUCCUCCAUCUCAUCCAGCUCCCCCAUCUCAUCCAGGUCCUUCAUCUUAAACAGCUCAUCCAUCUUAACUAGCUUAUCCAGCUCCUCCAUCUCAAACAGCUCAUCCAUCUUAACUAGCUCAUCCAGCUCCUCCAUCUCAACCAGCUUAUCCAGCUCACCCAGCAUAACAAGCUCCUAUAUCUUAACCAGCUUCUCCAUCUUAAACAGCUCAUCCAUCUUAUCUAACUCAUCCAGCUCCUCCAUCUCAACCAGCUCAUCCCUCAUGGUGCUUAAUGUGUAA